GUCACAUUUAGGAAGAAAAAGAAAGAGUGAGACAGGUCUUCAGUGGGCAUAAAAUUAUAGUGCUGUCUAACAAAAGGAGAAAGAUGGGAGGGGAGGAACCAAAUCAAAUUAAACGAGAACCAAAGAUCCUGGCCACCAUUCCUAGACUCCAUCUCCAGGUUUUCAGUGUGGCUGUGUUUCAGUAGAUCAGUCAGAGCGUGUGUGGAGCGUGUGUGUGUGUCUCCUGCGCUGUGCUGCAGUAGAGAGCGCUUCGCUCAGCCAACUGCUACUUCUCUGUGGAGGGCAUUGCAUCCUCCCUGCCUUUUUUCAUUUUUCUUCACGUUUUUUUUAAAUCAUGCUUGGAGUGCCUGAAUGAAAGAGGACGGAUCGAGGGGAAAGGAUGACACUAUGUGUGUGACAGAAGAGCAAAGCGUACUGCAGUGAGUCAAACAGAAAGAGUGAGAGCUCUCCACACCCAUGACCGUGUGCCUGUCUGUGAUCGAGUUGAACACAGCCAAACGGACUCGUUCGUCACCUGACAGAGUCACAGUGCACAUUGUGUGGUGAGACCGAAGGUCCUCUUCAAUCAAGACGGACUUGGGCAUCAUUAUGGUGUUUGCUGACCUGAGCUAAAGAUCUCCUUAUGGAUCAGCUAGAUUCAUGGUCUCCACCGCCAUACUUCGAUGAAGACAGCUACCCCUCCCCUCCCAGGAAUAUGAAAGGUUUAUCAAGCGGCCGUCCUCAACUCACCUUCACAUCAGGACACACCUGUGGGCUGCCAGACUGCGAUCAGUCCCUUGAUCACUUGCAGCAUGUCGGCCCCGACCCUCGCUCUCCCUACCUGCUCAGUCCGACCGAGAGCUGCCCUCUGGAUCCACACCGCUGCUCACCCCGCAGCUCCAUCCACUCGGAGUGCAUGGUGAUGCCUGUUUCUAUGGCAUCUGACCACGUUUCCAGCAGCACCUUUCCCAGAAUGCACUACAGUUCACACCACGACGGCUCGCGGGAUGACGGCUCCACUUCUCACGGUGGCAGCGGCGGUGGAGGGGUCGGUGUCAAUGUGGGUGGUGGGGGCGGCGGGUCCGGGAAGAUGAACCGUAUUCCUGCAAACCUCCUCGACCAAUUUGAGAAGCAACUGCCGAUUCAUAGAGACGGUUUCCACACACUGCAGUACCAACGCACGUCCGCCACCACUACGAGCAGCGAGCAGCGCAACGAGAGUCCCGGGCGCAUCCGCCACCUGGUGCACUCCGUCCAGAAGCUCUUCACCAAAUCCCACUCACUCGAGGGGUCGUCAAAGAUGAACGGCACCAAGGGAGACUCUCGCUCAGACAGCGGACACCACCACCACCACCAUCACGGACAUCACCAUGGAAACCACAAACACAGCAAACGGAGUAAGAGCAAGGAACGCAAGUCAGACUCCAAGCAACGCUCAGGGAUAGCAGGCUGGUGGAGUUCUGACGACAACCUGGACAGCGACAGCACCUACCGGACUCCCAGCAUCAUGAGCCGGCACCACGGAGAUCAUAUCACUCACUGUUACCCAGACACAGGCCAUGGGCACUUUGGCGACCUUUCGCUCAAGACCUCCAAAAGCAACAACGACGUAAAAUGUUCAGCAUGCGAGAGCAUCGCUAUGGCCCCGGAGGGCAAAUUUAUGAAGCGCAGCUCCUGGUCGACGCUGACAGUCAGCCAGGCUAAAGAAGCCUACCGCAAAUCUUCCCUCAACCUAGAGAAACCGUCCAUGCCUCAAGAUCUGAAGUCCUCCAUGAGGCCUUGUCAUUAUUUGCAGGUCCCUCAGGAUGAAUGGGGAGGGAGAGAUGAGGAGAUCCCAUGCAGAAGGAUGCGGAGCAGCAGUUAUGUUAAAGCCAUGGGCGAUCAGGACAGCGGAGACUCCGAUGGCAGCCCUAAAAACUCCCCACAGAAAAGUGUGCGACCCGAUGCGCUCGUCAAAUCCGUGCUGCAGAGACAACUUUCAGACCAGAGCUCGUACCGUCUGGACAAGUCAAGCCGAGACAUGGUCAAAUACCUCACCAAUAUCACCGCAGAUUUAAGUCAAAGCUACCAUCUUCAGACCUCUAGGGAAAUCCAUCCCAGCAUCACACUGGAACCGUCUCCGAACUACAACUCGCCGAAGUUCCGCUCCAGGAACCAGAGCUACAUGAGAGCGGUCAGCACCCUGAGCCAGGCCAGCUGCGUCAGCCAAGUCAGCCAGGUGAGCGAGACCGAGGUUAAUGGGCAGUUUGAGUCGGUGUGUGAAUCUGUGUUCAGCGAGGUGGAGUCUCAGGCCAUGGAUGCUUUGGACUUGCCAGGCUGCUUCAGGACACGCAGCCACAGUUACCUGCGAGCCAUCCAGGCUGGAUUCUCACAGGAUGACGACUGCGUCCCCUCUAUGACAUCAUCAACUGUCACCUCCACCAUCAGGUCCACCACAGGAAUUCAGUUCCAUCUCCCUUCUUCAGGCAGUGUGGACCGUCCUUCACAACAGCCACCAGCGGUCACCUACACACCCAGUACACCCACCUAUAAGAGGACGCCUCCACCCGUGCCCCCUCGUUCCACCUCCAAGCCCCUCAUCUCCAUCACAGCGCAGAGCAGCACAGAGUCCACGCAGGAUGCCUACCACGAGGGACAGCUGGCCAGAGGUGGCAUUUGGGGUUCUGAUGGGUUGAGUCUGAGUUUGGGUCGAGCCCUUUAUAACUCUACUGACAGUCUGGACAGCGCCAAGGCCGUCACUAUUGCCAUGGAAGCGGCUGCCAUGGCGAUGGCAGGAAAGAGACAUCCCUCCACAGACAGCCACAGCUCAGUAAUGACCUGUGAUAAAGCUGUGCUGGUGUCCAAGGCGGAAGAGUACCUAAAAACACCAAGGUCUUCAAUAGGAAUACAGGUGGAAGCGGCGACUGAUUCUGAGUGUGAAAGCAAAAGCUCUCGAGAGUAUCAGUCUGUUGGGAUUCAAGUAGAAGACGAGAGACGGCAGGGCCGAUUUAAGCGGUCCAACAGUGUCACCGCCGCCGUUCAGGCUGAUCUAGAGUUGGAGGGUUUUCCUUUAAUGGAGGAUAAAGGUCUUCAGUUUGGCGGAGGUUUCCAGCGUCACAGUGAGCCCAGCACCCCUACACAGUAUGGCGCCGUACGGACCGUCCGCACACAGGGUCUCUUCAGCUACCGUGAGGACUACCGCACCCCCACAGAGCCUCCGAGUCCCCAGCGUAGCCCCGAGCCCUGGCUGGAGCCCUCGCCACGGGAACCCAUCGCCACCGUUGCGGUUACCGUGACACCGCCCCAACCUACGGAUUCGGGAAGAGCAUCACCCUCGUGCAGGAGAGACGGAAGCUGGUUCAUGCAGCUUCUGCACACGGAGACGAAAAAGAUGGAGGGGUGGUGCAAAGAGCUGGAGGGGGAGGCGGAGGAGAACGACCUGUCAGAGGAAAUCCUGGGGAAGAUCCGGAGUGCUGUAGGAAGCGCACAGCUCUUGAUGUCCCAGAAAUUCCAGCAAUUUUAUUGGCUUUGCCAGCAGAACCUAGACCCCAGCGCCAUGCCUCGGCCCACCUCUCAGGACCUGGCCGGGUUCUGGGACCUGCUGCAGCUCUCCAUCGAUGAUGUUACCUCCAAAUUCAAUGAGCUGCAGAAGAUCAAGUCCAACGAUUGGAGGCUUAUUGAGAGUCCUGUGAAGAAGCUCCCGCCGCCAGUACCAAAGAAGACAUUACGUAAGAGUGUGACGAGGGAAAAAUCUUUGGAUCUCCCUGACCGUCAGAGACAGGAGGCACGACGGCGCCUCAUGGCGGCCAAACGCGCAGCUUCAUUCCGCCAAAACUCAGCAUCAGAGCGGGCCGACAGCAUCGAGAUCUAUAUACCGGAGGCCCAAACGCGGCUCUGAGAGUCACAGGGAACACCUUUAUAACACCAUCAUCAUCAUUCUCAGUAACAGAGCCAGUCUGAAGUAUCACAAUACAUUCAUCAAGCAAAACAAAAGAAACAGAAGGGUUUUGUAACUUGUUUCAGAACUGCCUACAACAUCCAUAUGAAGUUUCUCCUUUUUAGGGAGACAUACUUCACCAAAAUAAACAUAUUGCACAACAUAUCGCAAUUGUAGACCCACAUGAAAAUGACAUCGCUUGAUGAAGCAAAACUUUAGAUUUAAGCUUUAAUCACAGCGGAAUAACAUGUCCAAUCUAAUGAUCCUUCUGUGAGUGUCUUUAUGACAUCCAUUUAGCACUUUCAAAAUGGAGAAAAUUAUAUUUUUAGGCCUCAAAUCUAAACAAUUCAUUUCUUUUCAUUAAAUUAAGAAACCUGAAGAAAAGUAUUUAGUUCCGGUUCCAUCUGGUUACAUUCAUUCAAGUUUUGUAGCUUUGUAUUUCCAUGGUUACAUUUCAUUUCAUUUCUCUCUCUCUCUUUCUCUCUCUCUCUCUCUCUCUUUCUCUCUAUCUUGGUAUUUCAUUUUUUCCUUUAUUCCAUCUCUCUCCUCCCAGUGAAGUUCAUAGUAUUUUUCUCAUGAACUCUCUUGUGAGCAUUUAUGUAAGUGCCAGUGCUGAAAUACCUCAAUCAUACAUUUUAGACUGAAGCCGUAGGCCAGAACGGACAGUCACAGCCUUUUAAAAAACGUUGUUGGUCAUACACUGUUAUGGGGGAACUUAAAUCUCAGCCUGAGGGUUUACACUGUCGGAUUAGAGAUCAGUUUUUAUUAUACUCCUACUUACUGAUAUCAAAUAUACAGCUGUCACACUACUACAUACUUGAUGUUUAUGUCAUUCUAGGGGAAUUCCUGUAGGAUUUUGGGUGCAAUUGCUUAAAACCUAAAUUCAACAAUGUAAAGGUUCAAAAAUGCAUUUUUGCACUUUCUUCUUCUAAAUGUAUGUUUGUAUGUAUUUCCAAGGGAAAUGAAGUUCUAAAAGAUAUUGUUGCAGUUGAAUUGCAAGGUUUUGUGUGACUAUCGAUUUAUCAUUUCAGGUCUUUGAAUGUUUUCAUGCCUCACAUUGUCAUUCAUCAGUUUGCAUUUAUUUUUACUGAACCAUUUUCCUUUCCAUCUGCUGUUAUCAAGCAUCUGACCCAUGUUCUCCACAAAAAAAAAAGAAAAAAAAAAGCUUUUUAUCUCCUUUCUGUAUGUCUUGACAGAGAAUCAAUGAUCCUGUCUCAGCUGAAGGAGAUGUCGGGUGUUCCCAUAAUUAUCUAGAUGACUUUGCGGUUGGUGAUAGAUGUUUUAUCUGUUAGACCGUCUGCAGUCCACAUACCACACAUCUGUGAGAGCGUGCAGAAUGAUAAGUCCAAUUUAACUCUGUAAUCAAAGUAGAACUGUUCACAAGUCUAUUUGAUGGCAUUUGUCUGAACAGGCGGCUGCAGUAAACAGGAUGGCUGAUUAUAUUAGAUGAUCAAAACCGAAGGUCAAUGCUGCUUUGGAUUGUUAUACAAUCAUUGAAUUUGUUUUAAAAUGUAGGUUUCGUUCAGAAUAUAUCACUGAAGAUAUCCACUUCUUGUUCCAGAGAUUUAAACUUCUGCUUAAACAUCCUGCAUCCAACACUCCAGCUAAAAGAAUUUGAUAUUCUAUUAAUAAGAAGUGUAAAUGCAUGAACACUUUUGGUUGUCUUGUCCUCGACUUGCAACCACCAAAGUGUAACUGCUGACAGACUCAAAAGCCUUCACAAAGAAUUUUUUAUAUAUAGCCAUAUUUUAUCCACUACAUAUCAUUACAGAAAUGGAAUGCCUAUCAAGUGCGGUCACAUUUCAUUUCAAAUGUCAAACUGUUUCCCCACUUUCUGUUUAGACUGCCCUAUUCUUGCCUCUGCAUCAUAGAACGAGAAGAGGCCAGAGAUUAGAGGAGAUUAGUUUUAUCACUUCCACUCAAAUUCCUUGUAGCUUUAUAUUCUCAAUUUCCUUCGCGAGAUGACCUUGAGAAGAGCUUUCCGUUAUAGAAGCAAAUAUUUUCUUUUAAUUUCUCUGCACUCUGUACUUUUCUGCUGUAAGUCAGUGUUCAAACACAAUUACAGCAUUUCAUCUAAGAGAGGCUUGUAAUCGAUGAAGAUGACUUCAAGCUAGGAACUUUCUGGAAGUAUUUUCUCCAUACUUGAGAAAAAAAACAACAUUUCUGUUGUGAAUUGCGUCUAAAGCUCUUAUUUCACAUCAACAAAAGUUUUGAUUGAUUAUUUUGCUAAUUCAUUAUUUGAAACAAGUUCUGGGCAAUUUACAGCUUUGUAGUGUGAGUCGUGGCCCUCAGGGUUUACAGAAAUCCACCGGUCAUUACUGAUGCUUUCCUGGCCUUACAAACUAUUCAGGCUGUUGAAAUACUCACUAAACUGAUGGUUUACACUGAUGGUACACUUUACAAUAAGGUCUUGUUUGUUAGCAUUAGCUAAUGCAUUAACUAAGGGUGCGUUCACACUUGUAGUUCGGUUCGUUUGGUCCGGACCAAAAAAAAAAAAAAAAAUUUAGUCCUGGUCUGAUUGGCGUUCAGAUUGGCAAUUUUAUCAGCGAACCAAAAGAUACAGAAAGGCACAGGGAUACGUUCGCAAUCUGAUCUGGUCGGAUUUUAUGACGUAUUGCCUAUUUUGAGACGGAACUUACCGAAGAUCCAAAACAAUGCUGUGUACUGAGGUAAAUGCGCAUGUUGUGUGUGCGUAGCCUGCAUAUGAUGGUAUUUUGGCCAGUUGGGAACCCGUGAAGAGCUUAUAAAAUGUGUAAAUGAGUCAAAACAGCAGCGGGAAUCCCUCCGUCACACACACAAACGAUCUGCAGCGUGGAGACGCGCGUCUAAUGCUUGUGAUGGGCAAAUUCGCGACUAUGACAGAAAAAUCGACAUGCGUGAGGUUUCUGUCCUUUUUUGGGUCUCAUCUUGCUGUGUUUGGUUCGUUUACAUGUGUUUGGUCCGUGUUGCGUUCAUAUAUCAUUCGAACCGCACCAAAGUUCGUUUGGAAGUGGACCGAGACCCAUGUUUUCAGCGGUCUCGGUCAUGGAACCGUUCACACAUGUUCAAAUGAACCGCACUAACAGAGCAAUCGCACCAGGGUUCGUUUUAAUCGAACCAAACAUGACAAGUGUGAACACAUUCUAACAUGAGCUUACAAUAAGCAAUAUAAUUUUGCAGCAUUUAUUAAUCUUUGUUAAUGUUUGCUAAAAUAUAGUUGUUCAUAUUAACUAUUGAAAUUGUUGCAAAGUGUUACCAACGGAUUAUUAUAUGAUAUUUAAUUUUUCAUUAUGCCGAAGUGAAUUGAUUCUGAGCUGAUUAUUUUAAUCAUGUUUUAUGGUAAGUUUUUUUCCUCUAUAUCACGAGUAAUUAUGGUUGGUAAUUAUGGUCCUGCAGUGUGGCAGCUGUCCUUUCUGAUUAACCUGCUCAAUUAUCAAUAUGCAAACAUGCCAGUAAUGCAGGCAGUGUUUAUAUGCCAAAUAUGCUUAUGUGCCACAUGUUUGAACAGCUUCUGCUGUUUAUAGAUCCUCACACACACCAUAUUCUCCAUGUUUCAUCGUCAUCCUUUCAACAUAACGGUCUGAAAGCGUUAUGGUGAGCUGGCCUUUAAUAAACCACCUGGAAGAACAAAUGCUCACUUCCCACCUUAAAAAAGUGGAAUCAAGUUAUCAAAUGUUGAUUUGUUUGUAUGACGGCCAUGUUUUCUUCAACAGGGUUGCACAUCUUGUUUAAACCUCAUGUACCUUUAUGCUACUCAUAUGUACAUUUGCUCCAUUUAUUUCCAUCAAAAUAAAUCAUGUGCCAGUAUUUAUCAAAAAGAAAUGAUUUAUUCAAAAUGAUUUACCCUCCGCACCACAGUAUUUGAAAAACAGCCAACGGGCCUUUGGUACCGGUGCGGACUGAGAUGCCCCGGUUUCUUACUGUAGAGAAGCUUCAUUUUGGGACUGGACUAAUCCUGGAUCUCAGAAUGUGAAAAGAUUAUAAAAUCUUAGUGAAAAUAACAAAUGAAAAAGGUAGUUGUUUAGCUGAGAAUAUUUUCAUUUAUUAUACUGUAUAUCAUAUCUAUAUGAAGGGUGAAUAUAAUACCAAAUAUUCAUUAUUUGUACAGAAUUAUAUAAAUAGUUAUAUAUAAAUCUAUAUAUAUAUAAUAUAAAUACAUAAUUGAUCCUUUGUUGAAGCAAAACUCUUUUUCUGCUCUUCCUUAUUGGUUGAGUUGAGUUUCUUUGGGUGGCAUGCACCAUUCUGAUGCUGAAUGUGGGUUUUUCUGCUUCAUUGCUUUUCCAAAUCCCUUUUUUGAAUGUUGUUUAUUGUUACACUUAUCAGUUUAGUUUAUUUUGUAUGUAUUCAUGAAAUGUUUAAAUUGUGUUAUUAAUUUGUGUUACGAAUUUGACGCUUUUUGUUCUUGGUCAUCUGGAUUAUUUGUGUUUCUUUUCAUGACUUGAUUAUUGCUAUGAUCAUACAUUGUAAAUAUUUCAGUCAUUAAAUUUUUGAA